AUGGCUCAGCUCUUCAAACCCGGUGCAAAGACGGUUACCACAGAAUUUUUCAAUAGCCUGCUUGCAUAUACGCCUAAUCAGACUUUCAAGACAAAGUGCCUGGGCAGUAAUAAUGCAAUAUUCACCUGGAUGGCUCUUGCCAGCUUGCCGUGUUAUCCACAUCUCGACUAUGGCAGCUGCCAGAAGAAAACGAACUUCGUGCACGCCCGCGAGAUGUGCGUGAGAAGAGGAUACAACGUCGUAGACUAUUAUUCCUUCACUGGGCUUGGCUUGAAGCUGGGUGUUAGCGACUGCAUAAAAUCAUUGGUGAGCGAGAUGAUGGCUAGACGUAACAGCAGUUACAGCACCCCUCUCAAGAUAUGGACAUCGUACAUGUACUUUGGUCAGCAUGUUAUUUACAAGCAAGGCAAGGACAACUCGAGCGACGCACUAUUUGACAGGGGUGGAAGAGGCCAUCAUGAUGUCAUCUGUGAAGCCAAAUGGCUCCAGGCCAACGAUUCUGUACACGCCGCAGCAACUCCAGCACACAGACCCAGCGUGACUGAGCAGUUCGCAGAGGACGCAUGUCAGGAGUACGGAUAUCAUCUCAUUACCAAGGAGUGGCUAGAAGAACAUGGCCAUGUGUUAACAGAGCGCUGGCUAGAGAAGUUGGCCUUAUUGCAUAAGCACCAGCAAGCACCUUUCCACGUCGCGUCAAUCCGAGUCAAUGGCCGUUCCUUUUACAGAACCGUAACGUUUAGCGCGCAAAAGCAGUCGUUUCAGAACGCCACAAGCAAAACUCAAGCCCAGAUUCUCUGUGUCAAGACGUGUGAGACCGGUGUUCUUGGACCAGACCUGAGUUGUGUAUGUAACCGCACCUCAACCUAUGGUCAAUAUUGUGAAAAGGCAUGCAAGUGCUUGAAUCAGGGUCAGUGUGACAACAAAGGUGAAUGCAGCUGCCCGAAAGGAUUCACCGGAGACAAGUGCCAACUCGUUGUGUGUACACAUCCCUGGGUGAAAAAGAACAAAGUAUGCGAAUGUACGGCCAGACUAGAUGGACCUAACUGCACAGAAGCAUGCAAAUGCUUGAAUGACGGCCAGUGCACCAAAGAUGGCACCUGCAUCUGCCGGAAACGUUUCCAUGGAGAUCAGUGUCAGCACAGUUUCAAGACAAAGUGCCUGGGUACAGAUAAGGCAAUGUACACCUGGAUUGCUCUCGCCGGCUUGCCGUGUCAUCCACACCUCGACGGUGACAGCUGCCAGAAGAAAACGAACUUGACGCAUGCCCGCCAGAUGUGCAAGAGAAGAGGAUACGACGUGGUAGACUAUAAUGCCUUCACCAGUCAGAUGCUUGGCGUGCGAGACUGCAUGGAAGCAUUGCUCAACAAGAUGAUGGCAAGCAAUUUCAACAACCCUAUCACAAUAUGGACAUCUUUCUUGAGGGAUGGCAAGCAUGUCAUUUACAAGGAGGGCAAGAACAACUUAAGAGAAGAGUUACAUGAUAGUAGUGGAGCAAGCCAUCUUGAUUUCGAGAUGAUGGCGAGCGGUGACAGCAACCCUAUCUCCCUAUGGUCAGGGCAAGAACAAGUUAAGAACAAGUUGAGAGAAGAGUUACAUGAUAGUAGUGGAGCAAGCCAUCUUGAUGUCAAGAUGAUGGCGAGCGGUGACAGCAACUCUAUCUCAAUAUCGGCAUCGCUCGAGGAGGAUGACCAAAAUAUCAUGUACCAGCAGGGCAAGAACGAGUUAAGAGAAGAGUUACUUGAUAGUAAUGGAGCAAGCCAUCAUGAUGUCAUCUGCGAAGCCAAGUGGCUUCACGCCAACUCCUCAGUAUACACCACAGCAACGCCAGCGCUGAGGCCCAACGUCACUGAGCAAUUCGCAGAGGAGGCAUGUGAGCAGUACGGACUUCACCUCAUAACCGGGGCCUGGCUGCAAGCACAUGGCCAUGUAUUAAGAGAGAGCUUCCUAGAUAGAUUGGCUAUUCGGCAAGCACCUUAUCACGUCAAACCAAUCGUGGUGAACGGCAACUCCCUUUACAGAACCGUAACGUUUAGCGAGGGGAAACAGAGGUUUGUGAACACCACAAGCAAUCACCGAGCCCAAAUCCUCUGUGUCGGUAAGUGA